GCGCACAGCACUUUGGCGAUUGCCCUGAAUCGCCUUGGCGGCUUCUCCAACACCGGGGAGGGUGGAGAGGAUCCUGCGAGGUACGAACCCUUGCCAAACGGGGACUCUCUCAAGUCCGCCAUCAAACAGGUGGCCUCAGGCCGGUUCGGGGUGACUAUGGAGUAUUUGUCCAACGGCUUGGAGCUGCAGAUCAAGAUGGCCCAGGGAGCUAAGCCCGGAGAGGGCGGCGAGCUGCCGGGGAAGAAGGUCCAGGGGGGCAUUGCCAAGACCCGGAACUCCACACCGGGGGUAGGCCUCAUCUCGCCGCCCCCGCACCACGACAUCUACUCAAUCGAGGACUUGGCGCAGCUCAUCUUUGACCUGAAGAACUCCAACCCGGAUGCUGGAGUCAGUGUGAAGUUGGUCAGCGAGAUUGGGGUGGGCGUAGUGGCAACAGGGGUUGCAAAGUGCAAGGCGGACCACAUUUUGAUCAGCGGCUGUGACGGUGGCACUGGCGCCUCCAAGUGGACUGGCAUCAAGCAUGCUGGCGCGCCUUGGGAGAUCGGCCUGGCAGAGACCCAUCAGACUCUAGUGCUCAACGGCCUCCGGGGCCGCGUGACCUUGGAAACGGAUGGCCAGUUGCGCACGGGCCGGGAUGUGGUCAUUGCGGCCCUGCUGGGCGCGGAGCGAUUUGGCUUUGCCACUGCCCCGCUCAUCGCUAUGGGCUGCAUCAUGAUGCGCAAGUGCCACCUCAACACUUGCCCCGUAGGCAUUGCCACCCAGGACCCUGUGCUGCGGAAGAAAUUCGAAGGGCUUCCCGAGCACGUUGUGAACUAUCUCCUGCUCGUUGCUGAAGAGGUGCGAGUGCUCAUGGCCAAGAUGGGCUUCCGGAACAUGGACGAGCUCAUUGGCCACGCCGAGGUGCUGCGCUCGGACCCUGCCAACCGCAUGGGCCCGCUCCAGCUGGAGCCCAUCCUGGCGCCAGCCCACCAGCUGCCGGACGCGGGGAAAAUGGGAAAGGUGGAGAACCGGAAGCUUUACGGCCAAGAGCACUUCAUGGUCCUGCAGAGGAUGAUUGACCGAACUCUCGUCGAGGACUGCAAGAUGACUUUCCGCUAUGGCGAGCGGUCCUAUGUGGAGUACAACCAGCUGAACAACGCCGACCGCACUUGCGGGACCUUGCUGUCUCACGAGAUUUUCAAGCGAUGGGGGUCCAGUCUUCCUCCUGGCACCUGCCAUAUGAAGCUCUUCGGCACCAGCGGCCAGUCCUUCGGCGCUUUCGCUGUGAAGGGCGUGUUGUUGGAGUUGGAGGGCGACUCCCAGGACUACUUUGGCAAGGGUCUGAGCGGGGGCGCGCUCGCCAUCUACCCUUCGCGCAAGGCCAUUGCUGCGGGCUUUGAGUCGGAGAAGAACAUCAUCAUCGGCAACACAGCCCUCUAUGGCGCCACUGCCGGGGUUUGCUUCGUCAACGGCAUCGCGGCUGAGCGCUUCGCAGUGCGCAACUCCGGUGUGUGGGCCGUGGUGGAGGGCGCUGGCGACCACUGCUGUGAGUACAUGACAGGUGGCCGCGUGUGUGUUCUUGGAGGUGUUGGAGACAACUUCGGAGCAGGCAUGAGCGGCGGAGUCACCUGGGUCUGGGAUCCGACGAAGUCCUUUGAGGGCAGAAAGACUUUCGAGGAGUUGGAAGUCGCACGAGUGAACAUAGCAAAGCCUUUGGCAGAAUACUUGGAUGAGCAGAAGGAUCUUCAGUCCCUUCUGGAGGCACACAAGAGCUGGACGAACAGCAAGAGGGCGACGGAGAUCCUGGAGAGAUGGCCUGACUCCGCUAGCGAGUUCGUUCGCGUGUUCCCCAAGGACUUCAAGUUGGCCGUGAAAACUGCCCUUGAGCGUGGCGAAUUCUCGCCUAUAGGCACCAUGCGGGAGUACCUUCCUGCCCAAGAGAUUACCCUCGACAAUGUGCGCAAGCAGCGCAUCCGGAAGCAGCCUAAGGUGCGCAAGAGCUCCAUGGAGGAUAUCGCCGCCGAAGCGAAGAGCUUGGACAUCGAGGACAUGGCCGCAUUCCAAAAGACAACGAAGGGGAACCGGCCGAAGAAGAUUGAAGACAACAAGCUGGUGGCAAGCACCAACCGAGGCUUUCUGGAGGUGGACCGUGGCGACCUGCCCAAGCGAGGAGUCUCAGAGCGCGUGGCAGACUUCCAGGAAAUUUUGGCGAAGAAGGAUGAGGUGGAGGUGCAGACGCAGGCUGCAAGAUGCAUGGACUGCGGAACGCCUUUCUGCCACCAGAGCGUCACCGACAAAUCGGGGUGCCCCUUGGGCAACCUGAUUCCAGAGUGGAAUGACCUUGUGCGCAAGGGCGCCUGGUACGAUGCCUUCAAGCGCCUUAUGUCCACUAACAACUUCCCGGAGUUCACUGGCCGCGUUUGCCCCGCGCCCUGCGAAGGCCGUCAGCAUCAAGUCUGUGGAGCUGACCAUCAUCGACAAGGCCUACGAGAUGGGCUGGAUGAAGCCAGCCCCGCCAGCCGUCCGCUCGGACAAGAGGGUGGUCAUUGUGGGCUCUGGGCCUUGUGGCCUGGCGGCUGCUGA